AGUGAUCACUAAUUCGAUCAUGGCGUCCAAGAAUCUUAUUAGCUCUCCAGCCUUUGCGUACACGGUGGUUUAUGUGAAGGACGUAGCCAAAUCCGUGGAGUUCUACGCAAACGCCUUUGGUUACACAGUUCGCCGCCUCGACGGAUCUCACAGGUGGGGAGAACUGGAGAGUGGGCAGACGACGAUAGCCUUCACGCCAGCACAUCAACAUGAGACGGAUGGGAGAACGGGUGAAGUACAGACAGCUGGAAGCGGGCAUGAGAGGAACCCCGUGGAAGUGUGCUUCGCUUACUCAAACGUCGACGAGGCCUUUAAGAGGGCGGUAGACAAUGGUGCGGUGCCGGUGAGUCCACCUGAAGAGAAGGAGUGGGGACAGAAGGUUGGCUACGUUAGGGACAUCGAUGGCCUCGUCGUCCGAUUGGGGAGCUAUAUGAAACCCUCUUCUUAAACC